AUGUCAAUUCGAACAAACAAGAUGAAAGCAGUACCUGUGUUGCUGAAGCAGUUGAUGAAAGCAAGGAGCAAAUUCCGUGAAAGGGGAAGAGAUGAGUUAUUUGAUAAGAAGUUGGAGAAGUUGAGGUUAGAUCUGAAUAAGAUAAAGGAUGUGUUUGUGAGAGUGAAGAAGAAGGAAGAAGAACUUCUUGACACAUUAGCAGAGGUAUAUAACCAUCUUCGUAAGUUAGACCGCAGGAAGCUGGAUGAAGGCAUGGAUGGCAUGUGCCAGAGAAUCAGAGAUUCUGCUCACAAUUUGCUCCCAAAUGAUGGUUUUGAUGACUCAUCUAAGGACGAGGAUCACAUUGGUGGCCAAAUAUUUCACUCAUCACAAGAGUUAUGGAAGGCCCGUGACAAGAUUCGUUAUCCGGGAAAUCAUUAUUACACGCCAGACCAUCUAUCAAUAACUUGCUUGUGGUCUCUCUUAGUUUUUCCUGAGAACGCUGUGAUAAGGAAAAGAAUUGCAAUUAAUUUGUGGAUUGGAGAGGGUUUGCUUGAGAAUACAAAGAACAAAACAACAGAGAAAUUGGGUGAAGAUGUGAUUAGUGAUCUUUUCCAGUUGAAUUUGAUUGAAGGAAAGAGUCUCCUUGCCAAUAAAUUUCAAAUUCUCCCUAGCGUCCGUCAUCAAAUGGAGUCAUAUUUAUUAAAGGAAAAUGCAGAGCAUCGAGGACAAUAUUUUAUACCCGGCAUUUAUCUGCAAAAAAGACCAUGGCGGUUACAGCUUGAGCGAAGAAAAGUUACACUAGGUGGAGAUGAUUGGUAUUUUGGUGGCCGUACCAUAGGUACUGUUUUUAAUAAUGGUGCAAGUUAUCUGAAUUUUAGACCGCAAUGGGUCACUGAGUUGAUGAAUUUAGAGGUGCUUCAACUUGGGGGUUGGCAAGAUUCAGCUUUGCAUCACAUUGAAGUUGGGAGUCAAGAAUUCUUGAAAGAUAUGAGAUAUCUGGAAGAGUUGAAGUAUCUGAGUCUGCGUGGGAUAUCGAGAAUAUUCGAGCUUCCAUCCUCCACUGCUGAACUUGAGAAGCUACUGAUUCUGGAUGUGAAAGCAUGCCAUAAUUUGGAAAGACUACCUGAUGAUAUUUCAUCAAUGAAAAGUCUGACACACCUUAUUAUGUCUGAUUGUUGCUUACUGGAGGGCAUGCCAAAGGGGAUUGAGAAGCUCACUAAUAUGCGAGUACUCAAGGGAUUAUUAAUAAGCACUUAUGAAAAGACUCCUUGCAGAAUAUCAGAUCUUGUAAAGUUGAGAAAACUAAGGCGACUUAGCAUACGAAUUGGAAGUGAGGCCGAGAUGAGGGAUGGGGAGUUUGAAGGUUUGGAAGAUUUUUCAGCACUUGAGAAGCUGAAGAUAUCUUGGAGUGUGUCUGACCCAAAGUAUGCUAACAUUAAUGUCGCUUUGCCACUACGUUUGAAAAAGUUACAUCUUGAAUGUUUUCCUGGAAAGUCUUCGGAAGAAUGUUUUAUGCCAAGACAGGUGGGACAUGGUGGGAUCAUAUUCACAUCGAGAGAGCUAAACAUAACUGGAGGAAAACUGGAAAAUAUGAAAAAAAAGAUUUUAAUUGGUGGUACGUAG